CUUUCUCUUUUAACAGCCCGCGAGAAGUUGGUGAGGAAGUGAGACGGCUGUCCUCAACUGACCCUAACGAAAACUGCGGGAUUACUGUCCCAGUUUACACCAGCCGCCAGUCUCUCCCGUUAACCUCUAGUUUGAGGGUCUGUGUUGGUGAUUAUAAUCCACAGCGGUCUACAGUCUACGGCACCAUGAGCGGAACUGCGCUGAUCUACGAUGAGGAGAUGAGCCGCUACCAGCUGCUCUGGGACGAUCCUGUGUGCGCGAUCGAGGUUCCGGAGCGCCUGACGAGGAGCUACGAAGCUGUGAAGAGCGCGGGGCUGGAGAAGCGCUGUGUGCCUGUCUCUGUCCGCGAGGGAACGGAGGAGGAGAUUCUUCUGUAUCACAGCAAAGAAUAUCUAGAACAAGUAAAACAGACACCUUCCAUGAGCGUGGAGGAACUGAAGACCUUCACUCAGCAAUUUGGAGAUGUCUACUUCCAUCCUAACAUCUACAAUUGUGCUAAGCUGGCUAUUGGGGCCUCACUGCAGCUAGUGGACAGUGUAAUGAAGGGGAAGGUGAGAAAUGGAAUGGCCCUUGUCAGGCCCCCUGGUCAUCACAGCCAGCGGAGCGCAGCCAAUGGUUUCUGUGUGUUCAACAAUGUGGCCAUUGCAGCUCUCUAUGCCAAGAAGCACUACAACCUAAACAGGGUGUUGAUCGUGGAUUGGGAUGUUCACCAUGGGCAAGGUGUCCAGUACUGCUUUGAAGAAGACCCUAGUGUGCUGUAUUUCUCAUGGCACCGCUAUGAGCACAAGAGUUUCUGGCCCAAUCUUGAUGAGUCUGACUAUAAUACUGUGGGUAAAGGCAAGGGAACUGGCUUCAACAUCAAUGUGCCCUGGAACAAGGUGGGAAUGACCAACAGUGACUACUUAUCUGUAUUCUUCCAUGUCCUUUUGCCUGCUGCAUAUGAGUUUGAUCCUGAGCUGGUGCUGGUCUCUGCAGGAUUUGAUUCUGCCAUAGGAGACCCAGAGGGUCACAUGUGUGCCACUCCAGAGAUCUUUGGACACCUCACUCACCUUCUCAUGUCCUUGGCAAAGGGUAAAUUGUGUGUUGUCCUUGAGGGCGGAUACAACCUAACCUCACUUACUCAGUCAGUUUGCCAGACAAUGCAUACCCUGCUUGGAGACCCCACACCUUUACUGAGUGGUAUUGGCUCCCCAUGUCACAGUGCUCUGGAGUCUGUUGUGAAUGUUCGAGCAGUUCACCGGAAGUACUGGAACUUUUUGAAGUAUGCAGCCGAUCCCCAAAUUUUAGAGCCAAGCACCAAGCGCCGCAGAUUGGAGAACACGGCUGAAGAGAACAAGGAGGAGGAGAACACCGAGAAGGAAAAGGAGGAGAAAACCGAGGAGAAGCCUGAGGAUAUUAAAUGGCCUGAGCCCUUACCCAGGCCUGCUCCUCCUGUGCAGACAGUUGUGGCAAGCUCCACAGAACUGGAGUCUCUCCCAAAGGGCUGCCAGAUGCUGGGUAAAAUCCCACAAAAGUGUAUUGAGGAAGCAGAAAAAAUCAGGAAAGAACAUUUUCAAGGUUUGACUGAUAAGACGUCAUCAGAGUGCUUCCAGCACAUUGUUUCAAUUUUGGAGAAAGUACAAAACAAAGAGGUGCGUAAUGGCAUGGUUGUGGUGCCUGAUGUGUGUGCUUCUGUGAGAUUUGCUGUUCAGCAUGCCUUGAACUCCCUCUCUAAGAGGGUUUUGGUGGUGUUUGUGGGGGAUGAGGAUGUUCAAGUUGACACAGGCAGUGGGAAAGUGCUUUUGCUGCAGAUCUGUAGUAAGGAGCCUGGAGUGGUGAAGUCAGACUACCAUGUGCCUGUGUGUCUGAGCAAGGCUGGGCACUCCAGGGCGAGUGUGAUGCAGGCACUGAUUGGUCUGCUCCUGCCCCUGGCUUACGAGUUUAGUCCUGACCUGGUGCUGCAGGUACUGACGAGCAGUUCUGGGUUGGAGAUGCCUGUGUGGGCACAGGUCAGCUCCCUGCUGCAGGGAUUAGCACAGGGCAGGACACUGGCCCUACUUCAGGGCUGUGACAAAGACAUGGUGGGAGCUACAUGUUCCUCUCUGUCUGGUUCUCCUGCUCCUAUUCUUGGUCCUCUGGGUCAUCCUGUGGAUAAAGAUGUAGAAUUUAUUGAGAAACAGAGACAGAGACUGGAGAAAAAAUGGGGCUUGCUGCGCAACUCUUUUUCAGAAAGCGGAACAAAGAAUCAGGAUGGAUGAGCAAUGAACAAGCACCAGUUGGUCACACCCAGAUGACAAGACAUUUUUUUAUAGUGUGAGUGAUGUUCCAUAAUAAAAAUGACCUUUUAGUUUCUGUCAUUUCUUAAUCUAUAUUUUCCUCAUUUGCUUUUGGUAGAAGGUAUGUCUAUGAAUUUAUUUCAGUGAUUUAGUAAACUGGUUUGCUGUUACAUACAUUUUUUGAACAAAACUGUUUUUAUUGAGCCUUACCCAUUACUGUCAGUUCAUAAGUAUUAUGAAACACUUCCUGAUACAGAGGAAAAUUACUGAACAUCUGUCAUCAUCUCAAUGUCUUUAGUGGUGGAUAUGUCCUUUAGGGACAAAAGUAAAUUGUUUUAAUUGCAAUAAAUAAAAGCACCUUAAGAUCUUUUAUUUACAAUUUAAAGUAGUGUUGUUGUUGUAGUAAUGUUAUAAUAAAUGGCAUCAGUGUGCUUCUGCCACUAGUCCUGUAAAGACAAAUAUUAAUUCUAAAAAACAGCACUUGUGUUUUGUAAUAGUUUUGUAUUUUUGUAUUGGAAUAAGUAAUAGAUUUCAUACAGUGAUCCAACUAAUCCAACUAAAAGAAUGAGUUUUGCUCUGUAGUAUAUUGUGUUAUUUCCGAUAAAAAAAAAUCUGUAUUUUUUCUUAAUCAAUAUUUAGCAUGAUCAGUAAGUUAUCUAUUUUUUUGCUAUCAGUGAUUCAUAUGUAACUAUGGGUGAAAUCCAUAUGCGCUUUGUGUCGAGAUGGGCCCCAGGGUCUCUUCUUGGAAUUGGUACAAAAAACGGUAUAUGUAAUCAGUAUUUUGACUGUUUGAGAUAUGUAGGUGCUUCAUGAUGACUGACUAUGCAUUUUAACAACUGAUGGAAACCUAUGCUGCUGUUUAAGAUAAUAACAGGCUUUUUAAACAAGUUUAAGGCCAGUGAUUUUAGUUUUAGUUUGCUCAACCCUGAGGAUGUACUGGUGGGUUGAGGUCUAACAUAAAGACUUGUUAAAAACUAUGGUGAGCUGAGCAGAACGGGAGUAGCUGGGAGAUGCUGGCUGAGAGCUUCCAGCAUGUGACUCAAGGGAAAACUGUUUGCUUUCUGACCAAACCGUGGAAGACAGACCAUUAAGGUCAUCAUGCAUAGUCAGAAACUCUUCACACAACUUUCUUUGUUUUGCUUCUUUCUUUAACUUUGAUUUAUAUUUUCCUUAUGUUUUUUAUCCAUUGCAUUCAAAUCCCUGUUUUUCCAGGACAUUCUUUUAAAUAAACUGGCAAAGCAAU